AUGCGUGAGCACUGGGAGUUCAAGGUGAACGAGGAGGUGCGGUUCGACCUCACCGCCCUGGCGCAGGGCGAGCUGCAGUGCGUGGAGUGCAACACCACCGCGCUGUGUUUUUGCCUCGAGUGCAAGGACUACCUCUGCCUGCGCUGCUACGACAGCCUGCACGGCAAGGGCCAGAGGCUGCUGCACUCGCCCUUCCGGCUGGUGUCCUGCGCCCUGUGCGUCACCAUGCCGGCCAAGCUGCAGUGCACUUUCACAGACAAGUCCUUGUGCCACCAGUGCUACGCCAUGAAGCACAUCAAGGUGCUGCCUCCGGACGGCCGGGAGAACCAGCCCCGGCGCAUCGACUACUUCGAGCAGUACAGGCGGUAUGCCGAGUUCGCCGAGACGCGAGCGGGUGGCGCUCAAGGGGAGCACAUUCUCGGUGUUGAAGACGACUCGUACGAGGCAUCCGCCCGACUGGCACCCCUUCUACGACGCCCGCGGGGUGAAGUACUUCCACAACUUCAACACCGGCGAGCGCAUGCGCCAGAGCCCAGAGCAGAUGCCCAAUGA